UCAGUAAUAUCUAGGAAAAAUCAAAACAUUAAAUGUAAACAAAUAAGAGAAAUCAUUUCAAAAUGAGUGCUAAAUCGAAAAGAAAUAAUUAUUAACGAUAAAUAUGGACUAUAAGAAAGAUGCGAUAUACACGUAUUGGGUACAAUACACAACAAAGGUAAAUGAAGAAGCUUCUUUUAGACAGUUUAUAAGCGGAUUUGUUGCAAUAUGGGAACCAAAAUUAAAUUUAAAGUGGGUCAACACAGACAUUUGCUUACCGACUACUAUUGAUCCUGAAGCUGGUCCUUCUUUAUCAAGACUACCUGAUGAAUUACUACCAGCAAUCGCAAAAUUUCUAUACAUUGCUAAGGAUAAUACAGAAAAAAAUGAAUUGUCCAAUCAAAACAUUGUUGAGGCAGAGUAUCUAAUUCGUUGUUUAAUAGUGAUCAGCAGAAAUUUUUAUAACAUUCCAUUAUUAACAUCUUGCGAUUAUAUUAAGGAAAGCACGUCUGUUGCGACACACUUAAUUCACAAACUUACUUCUACUGAUCAACAAUAUGAUGAAUCUACAAAGUCUUCAAUUUUAUCAUUUUGUCAUUCCCUUUGUCAUUUUCUGGAAUGUCUAUAUGAUCCGUACCAAAUAUGGCGUUGUUUCGAUUCUUCUCAAAUGAAAGAUUUAGAUAUGUCUAAACUACAAUACCCUCCUUCUAUGCUACAUGUAGAAGUUAUUCCUUUUAUUUUUGACUGUUUUGAGACUAAUUUAGCAGUUGAACAUCCAUUAUUAGCGGCAGAACUUUUAGAUGUAUUUGGAGCAAUAGUUUGCGGGUCUCAAUUACUUCCUCUACAGAACAUAGAAAAUGGUCAAUAUUCUGUCAUUAUUUGUAAUGCAUUGCAUAAUGCACUUCGAGGAGUAAGUCCUCCUACCUGUACUCUAAUUAUGAAAGUAAUAUCAGAUAAAAAAAUUCCAUUAGUAGUAAAAACUACAGCUUUGCGAUGUUUUGUAACGGUCACACAAGUAAUGAUUCAAUUUCCUCCACAUCAAUGUCAAUUAGAUGUGUCUACACAAAUGGAGUGUUUAAGAGAUACGUUAAAACAAUGUAUAGCAUUUGAAAUAAAUGAGGCGUUGGUUUUAAGUGUAAUUAAAGCUAUUGGACAGUCAAUUGAGUUAUCUGGAUCUAAUGCUGAAAAAAUUAGAGGAUAUGUUGUUGAGUGUAAAUUAUUGGAAAUAAUUUUAGACAUACUUAAUAAAUUUGAGGAUGAUAUAGAAAUAGACGAUGUAGUUAAAUGUGUUGAAACAGUUUCUUUGAUUCUUCGUAUGUCAAAUGAAGCAAAAAUGCAGAUGUUGAGUAUAAACGGAUACGAAAAAAUAUUUGAAUUUGUAGGAAAACAAGCAAAUAAAAGUCAACCAUUAUUAAAAGCUAUAAUUUCCAUUGCUACCGAAAAUACAGAUAAAACAUUAGAUCAAAACUUAGAGAAUGCACAGAUGAUUGUACCAUUGAUUGAAUGGUUACCUAGUCUUGAUGAAAUGGAUCAAGUUUGGUUAGCAAGUGUUAUAUUUAAUUUGUGUACAACAAAUUUACAAAGUAAAUGUCAAUCUUCGGUUUGUAAAGUUAUUGAUUCAGUAUGUACAUGUUUGGAAAACUGUAAUCAGUUAGUUCAAAAAACUGUCCACCAACUUUUGAAACUUAUUGAAAAUUUGGCUUCACAUUCUAUUUCAACAUCUGAACUGAAAAAGAUUUUCUUAUUAAUGAGAGACAAAGAUGAACCUUUUCCAUAUAUCACUCAAAUGCUUGGAACAUUGUCAGAAGUUGCUUAUUGUACAUAUGAUCAUAGUUGCAAAGUUUUUUUUGAUAUUCAAAAUAAUCAAGAAGGUCUUAUAAUUGAUGAACUGAAAAAAUGGCCUGGACCUAUGAGUGGCUUAACCUUUCAUUGUUGGUUACGUUUGGAUAAUGUUAGUUUUCAUCAUUGUACUAGUACAUAUGGUUUAGCUUCUUAUAGACGCCAAUUGUUACACUUAUUAACCAAUUCAAAUACAGGAUUAGAAAUAUUUAUUGGAUCAGAUUGGACUCUAGUUGUUGGAAUGAAUACAAAAAAAGAAUUUUUUACUGUUACUGCUCGAGAUUUUAGAUUUGUAGAAAAUCGUUGGUAUUGCAUAGAUGUUAGCUAUAAUCCAUCAAAGAGGCCUUUUGGACACAAUCAAGUUUCAAUUUAUAUUGAUGGUGUGCAAAAUAUAAGUGCUCCUGCCAAAUUUACACCUUUAUCUGAUCAAUUUCAAAAAUGUUCUAUCGGCACUUUUCUUCCUCAUGUGUCAAAAUCUGUUGAUACUCAACCUCAAGUGGAUCGAAGAAUAUUACCAUCAUUUAUUAGUCAGGUACCGAAUUACUUACUUAUGAGAGGAUCAAGUGCUAUGGAUCCAUAUGUCAAAGACUUUCCCCCUGGCAUGCAAGAUUCUUUGUAUGGUUGUUCCAUAUGCCUUAAGGGUCAACUAGGUCCAAUUUGUUUGUUUCCUGAAUAUUUUUCAGCGCAACAGAUAAAAUCUAUAUAUGACUUAGGUCCAAAUUAUUCAUCGCUUAGUACCAUGGAUGAUUCCACAUGUGAUAUAUUAGGACUGUUUAAUAGAUCAAUAUUUUACUUUAGUCCUACAGCUGCUUCUAGUCGUGAUACUGCUCUAGAUUUAAGUCAAAAAAACAAAACUAAUGCUCGUCUUACAGCAGCUGUCAACAAAUGUUCACCCAUACAAGAUGUAAUUAAUAUGAUUGGUGGUCUAUGUGUCUUGUUUCCAAUUUUGGAGAGUCAAGUCCUAAAUGAAAAUGAACAUCUAGGUUUAUUAUCAUUGGAUCACACAAACACAGAAGUAUCUUUAGAUUUAGAUGAUGUUUCAUCUCUUCGUUCAUACUCUCUGGAUGAAAGACUCGAGCUACACCCAAUAGGCUUGUUACUUAUUUUAAUUAAAAAUCUCAUGAAAGGAAAUGUUGUUGGACAAGAACAACUUUUAAGAAAAAAUGGCAUACCAAUUUUAGGAGAAUUACUUACAAAAGUACCUUCAGAUAAGAUUGAUUUGCAAAUGUUAGAGGCGAUGCAGUUAUUUAUGGAAUCUUUACAGGAAAUUUCUAACAUUCAACUGUUAAGGGCAUUUUAUCAGCACAUCCUUUUUAAUUUUUCUAUUUGGUGUCGAUGCUCUUUUAAUGUACAGAUUGGUGUCGUGAAGAUAAUAUAUAUGUUGAUAAAAAAUGAUCGUAAAUCAUUUCGAAAACGAUUUGGUGUACAAUUUUUUUUAGACACUAUAAGAACUUAUUAUACCACGUGUGAUGUAUUAUCAGUCAAUCACAUUACAGUGCUUAGGGCAUCUUUGUUGGAUAUUGUUCGAUUUUAUAUUGUAAGAGAAGUUAAUAUAUCAGAUAUAGAUAUAAUUGUGCGAUAUCUCAUAACAUGCAGGGCAGAAACAAUGAUAAUAGAACUAUUAGAUAUAUUAAUAAAACAAUUAGAAACUGAAUCGUGUAAAGAUCAACUAUUCUUAUUGAUGUAUGAACCUCAAACUGCUGACAUUUUAUACGGCAUUUUAAUCGAAAAAUCUAUUAGUAUGUUGGCAAAACAACGCGUUUUAAAGCUUUUGUCAAUAAUACUCAGAACAAAGUAUGUAUAUGAAAGACAGAAGUGUAAUUUACGAUUACAAAAUUCUGGUUAUGGGUUGUAUCCUGGUCUUAUAUCAUUGCUACCAGAUUUUCAGAAUUUAUCAAUGGAAGUUACUUUAAUGAUGUUUGAUCAAGUUUUAUUAACAGAUUCAAUGUGUACUUAUCCAGCAAUUCUAUCAAUUCUUCAUCGUCUGGCCUAUGAAGAUAUCGAAAUAAAAUUAGAAGUUGCUCGAAAGUUAUUAGCGAUGAUAUAUAUGAGUCCAAAUGCAGCUAAAGCAUUUGCUAAACAAUCCGGUUGGCAAGAUUGUGUAACACGGCUUUUAGUACACCGAUUAGCUGAAGGAAAAACAUCACAUAAUAAAGAUCUAAUGAGCUUUGAAGACAAUGAUGUUGAAAAAAUUUACAAAAAAUUAACAAGAUGGAGUUCAUAUCCUAAUAUUUUAAAAGCUAAACAUUUAUCAUUGAAAAAAUGGAAUUCUAUGUUUGAGUUUAAAGAAGAAUUUUCUGAUAAUGCUAUACGCGAAAGUUCUGUAUCAGCAGUAAAAAAUUUUACAGAUGCUGCUAAUUUCAUUGAAAAUGAAAUAAAAGGCGUUGCUGGAUCUGUAUCAGCAGUUGUAGCUGAUAAUCUUCAGUAUGCUUCAGAUAAUCUAACUUCUGCAGUGAAUACAGUUGGUUUAGUUGUUAGUGACAAUAUUCAAAUUGCAUCCGAUAAUCUAGCACAUGCCAUGAACAGUGUUAGUGGUAAUAUUCACUCGGCUACUAGUAAUUUAUCAUUUGCUGUUACAUCAGCAUAUUCAAUGUUUAAACAAAAAACCACAGAAAUACAGGAAAUUGGAGAAAAUGCAAAAGAACGAAUAAAAAAGUAUGCAAUGUAUUCACCUCAGUCUGAUAAAAAUACUAUUGAUGAAGAUAAAGCUCAAUUAAUGACAAAACAGUUAUUAGUAGAGUUGGGUCUUGAUAUAGAUUCUUACAGUAUGAGUAAUAGAUCUAUAUCUAGCAGUCUUGAAGAUAUAUCGUCAAUAAAAUCUUCAAUUGCGCCAGAUAAUCGUUCGAUAAGUUCUGGAAUUAUCAUGUCUGAUAAUGCAUCAACAGUUUGUGAAGAUGCUGGAAGCAGUGAUCAGAAUGAUUUUGAUACUAUCAAUCCCUGGCAAGAAUUUACCAGUAGUAAAACGGAGAAUAAAGAAAACGAUCUAUGUUCAUUGGUAGAAAAUAUUCUUUUUGUUGUUAUGUGGAGAGGUGUCAAUAUUCAUAGCAAAAAUUGUUGGAAGGAACGUGGUCAAGUUAUGGCAUGCAUAAAUAUGCUAAGUUUAAACAAUAUGUUAUACUGUUCGCAUUUAGAACUGAAGCUACAUAUUUUAGAAAAAGCUGUUGAAGCAGUAUUAAGUGAUCUCCAUGAUUCUGGAUCUACUGUUGACUGUGAUCAUGCUAAGAUGGAAAAUAUUGGUCAGUUGAUAGGUUUGGUGUAUGAUUUAGUUGUAUUGGAUCCAAGUCCAAAUUUUGACAAAAAGUGUUCAGUAAAAUUACUCGAUGGUUGUAUAAAAUUAAUUGAACAACUAGCCAUAUUUGGAGAUAAUCAAGAACAGUACAAUAAAGAUAUCGCUAUGAAGACAUAUGGACUUUUGUUGAGCUGCUCAUCGAGUCCUAAUAUGGAAAUUUGUGCUAUGGCAACAGUUAAGUUGCACACUAUAUUACAAACAAGUAAUAAAAGUGUUAUAGAAGUUGAAUGCUACUUAUUGCGCUCAGCAAAUAGUAUUUUACAAAAAGCACUUAAAGAUGAUAAUAUGGAACGUUAUUCUUUUAUUUUACCAUUAAUAAAAACUCUCAUUACUAAAUUGUCUGAGCCACUAAAUAUUUCUAACUCAGAACUCCCAAAUUUAACAGAAGUCUUGUACAGUGGAAAUUUUUAUGACAGAUUCUUACCGUACUGUUCUACAGAAGAAUGGACAGUUUUUAUCGAAACUAAGGUAUCAGACCUUUGCAACGACUACCGACGUUCUAUGAAUGCCGAGAUCACCGAGUCCAUGAAUACGUUUUGGGCCGAGUGCUAUGAGUCAUACAAGAACGCAUUGGACACCAGGAGUAAACUUGUAGCCGAAAGUCGAAAAUCGUUUCAGGCGUUGAUAUUAGAGCCUUUUAAGAUUAAGAAAGAAGAAGAAGAAUCAAGAAUAUAUUUAAUGGAAAAUCAGAAAAAGGCUCAAAGAUUACUGGUCCGUGCUAAAUGGAGACAGAUUAAAGGCUACCUGUGCGGAGAAAGAGGACCCUGGAAGUCAAGGUCGACCACGGAACGUCACUGGAUCCUAUCACAACAUGAAAAUUAUUCAAGAAUGAGGCUCAAACUUUGUCCAAACUAUCAUUUUGACAACCAUCAAAAUGCUAGUAAUUUGAGGGACAACGCUGGGGGUGGUAUUAAAUGUAUGAUGGAUUGUCCGGAAAUACCGCCUUGCAUGCCUCAAGUGGCAGUUCGAAGUUUGGUAGAAGAAGACGGUGAAAUGUUACCAGAUGAAGAUAUAGCUUCAUACAAAAUGAAUUAUCCAGAGGAGGACAAUGAACGAAAAGAGAAGUUGGUUUUGUCAGUUGACUGUCAAUUAGUAACUUUGAUGAGUGUAAUAAAAGGACGAUUAGUCAUAUCGACGACACAUGCGUACUUCCAUGAUUUGACUCCGAUCACGGAGGAUUGUGAUAGACAUGACUUUAAGUGGUCCAUGACAAAACUAAGAGACGUAUAUUUAAGACGAUACAAUCUACGAAGAAGCGCUUUGGAAUUUUUCUUAAUGGAUCAAUCAAAUUAUUUUCUAAACUUUACAACAAAAAUUCGUUUGAAAGUAUUGACUUCGAUUUAUAGCGUGCAUCCACCUAAUUUCUCAUUUAACAGCAGUCGACACCCACAAGAUCUUUUACGAAAGUCUGGAUGCACUCAGAAGUGGGUUAAUAGAGAAAUUUCAAACUUUGAAUAUUUAAUGCAACUGAACACCAUAGCAGGCCGCACUUACAAUGAUCUGUCACAAUACCCAGUAUUCCCGUGGGUGCUGGCUGAUUAUAAAUCUGAGGAACUAGAUUUGAACGAUCCAAAAACGUUCAGAGACCUAUCUCGGCCCGUGGGCGUUGUGAAUCCCAACAAUGAGGCUGACGUACAAGCCAAGUACAGAAACUUCGAGGACCCAAACGGAGUAAUCGGGAAAUUUCAUUAUGGUACACACUAUUCAAAUUCUGCCGGUGUACUUCAUUAUUUGGUUAGGGUUGAACCGUUUACUUCUCUGCAUAUCGAGCUCCAAAGCGGAAGAUUCGAUGUCGCCGAUCGCCAGUUCCAUUCAAUCGCACAAACUUGGAAGCUUUUAAUGGACACGCCGAAUGAUGUCAAAGAACUGAUACCUGAAUUCUUCUUUUUUCCAGAAUUCUUAAAAAAUAUGAACAAAUUUGAUCUAGGACGCUUACAAUCAUCUAAAAUAAGGAUCGGUGACGUUAUCCUUCCUCCUUGGGCCGAUAGUCCCGAAGACUUUAUUUACAAACACCGGAAGGCGUUGGAAUCUGAAUAUGUGUCGAAUCAUCUUCACGAGUGGAUCGAUUUAAUAUUCGGAUACAAACAAAAAGGUCAAGCCGCAGUAGAUGCUAUGAACGUUUUCUAUUACUGCAGUUAUGAGGGAGCCGUUGAUCUAGACGCGAUUGUCGAUCCCAUAGAAAGAGAAGCCGUGGAAGGCAUGAUCAAUAAUUUUGGACAAACCCCGAGUCAAUUGCUAAAAGAACCUCAUCCACUAAGACUACCGUUGGACAAGGCGUUAGAAAAAAUGAUGAAAUCGGACCACAAAAAACCAGAUCUUACAAUGAUGCUGUCAGAGUUGUCCACGUUUUACGUUGAGAUAACAGAUAAUAAACACCCAAUGGUAUUUUUGAGUCCUCCCCGGUCGGGGACUAAAGGAUUAUUACAGACGUUUAUGACCGACGAUACAUUGGUAACAGUGUGUGAUAACUCCUUGAUUGGCAGGCACUCGUGGUUGCCAUACGACAGACAUUCCAAUAAGGGAUUCACGCUUGAAGUGGACCAGUCGCACAUUUUGCUCAAGGGCAAAAAAGACCCAAACGCGUAUCCGAUGAGGUCGUCCUCGUACCAUCCAUCCGUAGAAAUGAACAGUCAUCUGUUUGCCGUGUCCCACGACGCCAAAUAUUUAUUCACCGCUGGUCAUUGGGACUAUAGCGUGAAAACUUUCAGUUUCUCGAAAAACAAAUACGUGUCGUCUGUCAUCCGGCACUUUGACGUUGUGACGUGCUUGGCACUAGACUCCUGCGGAUGGUACAUGAUAAGCGGCUCGAGGGAUUGUACCUCGGUCGUGUGGGACGUUUCAAAUGCAAACAACACAAAUCCUAAACCAUUCCAAACGCUUCUCGGACACGAUUUGCCCGUCACCUGUGUGGCGAUAGCUACGGAAUUGGAUAUGGCCGUUUCUGGUUCACAAGAUGGCACCGUUAAUGUGUACAGCAUACACCAAGGGCUUUUGGUCCACUGUCUCACUCCUUUGGGAUGUGUUUCCCCUCCGUCCAUCAUUACAUUCGUGGCAAUUUCAUUUCAAGGACAUAUCGCUUUUUCGUCCAAAGAUAAAAAAAACCAUUCCGUCCAUGUAUUCAGCUGCAACGGUGACAAUUUAGGUUCAAAAUACGUUGCAGCUCAAGUGACUGGUAUUACAACUAUAGGUGACUGUUUAGUGGUGGUCGACGAUGCAGGAGAUCUAACGCUUAGUAGACUAUUAGGUCUGCAUCCGGUCUACGACGUCCCCUUACACGUUCCGGUCCAAACGGUGGUGGCGACGCCAGGCAACACACACUUGUUGGCGCCACUGAGGGACGGAAAGAUCGCCGUAAUCGGUUUGCCGAAUUCAAACAAUAAUUGAUCGUCGUCACGGCAUCACUUCUCGGUCGACUCCGUUCAAA